AUGGCGUCUCACCAGCAGACCAGGAUCCAAGCCUACCUGGAGAAGAACAAGAUCGGGCCCCUCUUCGAGGAGUUGAUGACAAAGCUGAUAACGGAGACACCUGACCAGCCAAUCCCAUUUCUAAUUGAUCAUCUUCAGUCCAAACAAGGGAACCGCAGUCAGCUUCAGAGAACGUUGUCUGGCUCUGCUGCCCUUUGGGCAGAGAGUGAAACAUCAGAAAAUAAAGGAACAAGGAGAGAUUUCAGAAGUUAUGAUAAACCCUGGCAGGUAAAUGCAAAGAAGCCUAAAAAGUCAAAGAGUGACCUUGCCGUUUCCAACAUCUCUCCACCGUCACCAGAGUCCAAGUCAUUGCCAAGGUCAAUAGAGCAUCCUAAAUGGGAUUGGAGGACAAAACCGGAGAACCAUGAUUUUGAUGAGCUAAAUCAUAUUCUUCAAGAGAGCAAAAAACUUGGAAAAGCCCUUGAGAAUCUGUCUCGCAGCAUUGCUAUUUCUGAUGAACUUGAUAAGGACACAACAGGUUUUAAUACCCCCCUUCUCAGACCUCGUGUGAUUGGAGAAUGGAUUGGUCGUGAAGAGAAUGAUGCAGAUCCACUAGCUGCUGAGAUGCUGCAGCCACCAAUACCAAGAAGUAAAAACGAGCAGUGGGACAGUGAGGAUAGCAGCAGUCCUGGUGGAAGCUUAAAAAUGGAGCCAAAGAGCAAAGGACUGAAACAGCAACAACAGCAACAUAAGAAACUGCUGGCUGCCAUGCUUUCUCAGGACUCCUUUGAUUCUGCUCACAGCACAGCUCCAUCUGUAACCGAAGAAGAUAUUGACAAUGAAGAUGAUGCAAUGGAACUGCUGGAGGAUCUUGAUGAUCUAAGAAUGGAAGGAGUAACAAGUCUGAUGUCUUCUGGGAGCAAAUUCAAUCAAACUAGAAGUGCUCAUCCUGCUGAGCCUCAAGCAAAGGUCACGUUGAAUAUCUGUGCAAGAUGUGCCAGAUUGCAAGGAGAUAAUAUGGCAGAAAGGCCAGAAGAUGUCUCCAUGGUAUCUCAUGAGCCAGCAAUGUCAGACUCUGAUGCUCAAGUACCUGGGGUUGAAACACUUAUGGAAGAUAUUGACGAAUUCAAGAGUGCCUCUCAAGUGGCAGGAUCUUCUCAGCCAGUUUGGACCCUGGAUGCCAUGGGUGUGAGACCUGGAGGUUCUCCAAGACAGAAACUCUUAAAGGACUCCUUAGCAGCAAAAGAACUUCAGACCAUGGAAAAACAUCUAGCUGAUAUUGAAAAGGACCUAGCACUAUGGGAAGAAGCAAGGCUCUCAAGAAGCCCAAGUAUCCAACACCACAGUUUAGUUACAUCUGACCAUCAAGGCAAUCUUCAAGCUACACAAGGCCAAAAUCCAAGGCCUCAGGUUCCGCCUCAAAUGGGGAAAAACGUGCAACUCCAAGGAAACAAAUCACCACCGCUGCCCACUAACAGCCGAGCACAGGUCUCGAGUCUUGCAAACAGCAGGCCUCCAACACCUGGUGCACAAACCAACAGGCCAUCGACUCCAUCAACACCAGGAAGCAGACCUGUGACUCCAAACAGCUUGCUGUCACGGCCUCUUACCCCUAGCAAUCAAGGAAAUAAAGAAGGUGUCAUCAAUAUGCACAGAAGCCGAUCUUUGACGUCUAAGAGCCAAAUGGGGAGGACCCUCAGCGCUGCUUCAGGGCUCUCUGUGCAAAUGAGUGGAGAUGUUGUUGGAACUGUCACAACUCAGAGAAGCAGUUUAUCAGAAGAUGAAUUCUUACAACAGCUUCAGCUUACUCAUCAGCCUUGGAUAUUGCCGAGUGACACAGAAAGUGAAGGAGUAGAAGCUGACCAAGACAAAUGUUUGUGAAAUCAGUGGGAUUGUUGAAGAACAAUUUAAUUAAAACAAAAUUACGGUGAUCAAAACUACACCUGAAAAAAUGUUUUAGCUUAUACAUAAUUUUAAAUAAAGUUAUUUUUCUAGUAUCAGCAGUACAUAAGUGGAACCACUCUGAUAUGUGGAUGCUGUAAUGCACUGAAUCAGAGUAUUUACAGUGGCCUUAGGAAAGAAGGGUAACUGUUGCCUUUUAGUAUAAAGUUACUAUAAUGUUUUUGUUUAGUUUCUACCCCUGUUAUUUUGGAUUGACAUUUGAUAAACUAAACUCUGCCUGACCAAAAUAAACUUUACGUAGAGAUUUUAUGUAUUUUAACUUGUCUAAGGUUUUCUACUCCUUAUAUUUUUGUAAGCUUUACUCUUUUUUAGAUUAACAAACAUGAAAGUAUUCACCCACAUCUGCCAAUAUGUAUGUCCCAUUCAGGUCUCACAGAGAACUAGCUGUUCGCUCAUAGUCACCUGCAGAGAGAGGUCAGAAGAGGGGGAGAGUGAAAGAGUGUGUGUGCGGGGAGCAGAAACAGGUGUUGCCUGUGUCACAUAGCUUUGUAUGGAGUGUAUCUACUUUGAUCUUUAAAACAAAUAAAGACUCUGUUAAAAAAGGGAACAUAUCAAUAACGAGUGGAGCAUGCAUGCAAAAAUAAAGCACUUAAAGGACUUUCAUAUAUGUGAUAAAAUAUUAUUUACCCAUAUGGAUUACUGAAACAAAUUUGCUGUUUAAAAUAAGCUAACUGGUGUAUGCUGUGUGCUAGGAAAUUUAGAUGCUUUUGCACAGACAUCAAAUUAAGGGAUGUGGCAGUUGCAUUUACUGAUUUCAUUUAUCUGUUAAUUCUGUCCAGUAUGUUUUCAGUUUCCUUUGUCUUC